AUGUUUAAUGCAGCAUACUCUAGACUAUCAGAAGAAGAAAGGAGAAUCCUAGAAGCUUAUCAUGAUAAAGGUAACCAAUAUAUAGUAACACAGUGCCAGUCUAAGCUAUUAUCUGGUGAUAAUUCAAUGGAGACGAAAUUAAGCCCACGAUUAGGAGACCCUCCAGCCAAAGUGCUACCAACUUAUAUUUUUAAUGACAGCGAAACUCCUCGACCUAUUGAUAUUCCAAGCCAAAGGCUCCGCAAAGAAGAUUUGAUUAAAAGCUCUGAAACGUUAACUCAAGACUCCACUAGUAAAUCAACCUCCAGGUCAUUUAGAACACAGCAAAGAAAAGUAACCCCUAAAAGGCAAGCACAAGUUAAAACGACACCGAAAUCAGCAAGGCCAUCAAGCAGAAAAGGAGUAUCAAAUCCCUGCCAAAUGGGCUAGACUUGCUUUGCCUACCACAUGGUCCACCUGCCGGGACCCUUGAGACAAGUUGCUUGCCCGCUAAUGACAGUUUAGUCGUUUAAUGUAUUUAUAGCCAAGUAAAACCAAAAAAGCCAGCAAGACCACAGUCUGCAGCAAGCUCUUCUGCAAAACCGAAGCCGAUGUUUAAUAUCUCCAAUAUCCCCAAUUUCAAAUACGAAGUUGAAAAGCUGCUGAGAGCGGUAUUUAGGCACUCUGUAAACUGCCCUGAUAUGAAAGAAGAAUUAAGAAAAAUAGGUGGAGUGAAGCUGCUUGAAGAAUAUAUUAAAUGCAGACAUGCAGCGAAUACUUAG